AAACGUGUGUGUGUGUGUGUGUGUGUGUGUGUGUGUGAGAGAACUAAGGUUCAUCGUCUUAGAACACACACACACACACACACACACACACACACACACACACACACACACACACAAAGCUUUAUUGAUUAUAAGCUUGUACUUAAAUAGAACAUUCAGAGAUAAAACUAAAAAUGUAAAAAAAAGAAAAAAAAGAAAGAAAAAAAAAGAAAAAAAAUAGCAUAACGCUAAGGAAAUUUGGUCGAGCGAAAGGAAAUCUAUCUAAACUUGUGUAAAAAGGUAAAGAAGGUAACAACAACAACAACAUCAACAACAACAAACAGUGGCCAUCAGUCAACCGAAAAAUUAACGUCACACACACACACACACACACACACACACACACACACACACACUAUAUUCUUUCCCAUUUUUAGUAAAUUUCCCUUAUUUUACUUAUUCAUUUAUUUUCGUCACUGUAAAUUAUCUAAUUUAUGGAGACAAGCCACCACCACCACCACCACCACCACCACCAUCUCUUCCUUAGCGCCCCCCUGAGCAAAACACCUCUCGAUCCCGUUCUCUCACACCGCCGCGGAAGGAAGUUCUGAUCGGAUGGGAGAAGUUGUCAUCCGCGCGGGCCUCCCAGUCCCACGCCACACCUGCCUGGACCCCGCGUGACUGGCGAGAAGGGAACUAACUGUACCUGGUGCUCGUCUCUACUCACCGCUACCGUUUGCCUCUCACCAUGAGACUCCACGCUCGCUCAUUCCCUCCAACACUUCCACCUCCGCUGCCUCCCACGCAAGGUCUGGUCUCCCCGUCAGUCCUCAUCGCUAGCGCCCUUCAGCUCCGUGUAUCUAAGUGUUAUUUAAGUGGUGUACUAAAUGAAGGUUUGUUUUGCUGUGUUUCCGAGGUCCAGCAAGUGAAGGAAGUGAGGACGCGAGGGAGUAUGUUCACUGUGUUGAGUUUAUAGUGAAUACUUGUUGAUGUUUCGGAAAAUGACUGUAAAUGAAUAUAUUGUUGUGUGAUGGCCGCGGUGGUGCAGAGGGAAUCAACGUCUUGAAUUACUAGUGAACUGAGUGACUGGUUCUCUCACUGCCAUGUUCAUGGGAAGCCGAUCGAGCCCCAAGCGGAUGGCGGCGGCGGUGAUGGCGACCGUGAUCGUGGGGACAAUGCUGACACUCCUGCUGACCAUCAACCCGCGGCCGCUGGUACAGACCCGCCAGGCACGCCACACGCAGAACGCCAGUCCCUCCGCCCUCCCCGCCGUGCUCUCCGCCCACCCUGCACUCAACGAAGUGGAGGAAGUGAAACAUGAUGACAAAUACGCUAAAAUCCCCGGCUGGCCUUACGGUUUGCGGAUAAAUGAGCCGGAUACGUGCAAGGAUCAGGACGUGUAUCUCCUGAACACCAUCACGUCCAAUCCCACGCAAGUGUACCACCGAGACCUGAUUCGGAAAAUGUGGGCGAGCGAGGCUAUUUCACAGAGGCUCAAGAUCCGGACGGUGUUCAUCAUCGCCGCUGUGCCCUCGGCGGUGACGCAGCGGCACCUGCAGGAGGAGAGCGACAAGUACGGGGACAUAGUACAGUUUGACUUUCUGGAGACGAGAAGGAAUCUGACGGUGAAGUCCCUGGCCGCGCUGCACUGGUUCCGCGCCUACUGCAGCAACGCCACCUGGGUGCUGAAAUGUGACGUGGAUGCCUUUAUCAACUUCUGGGCGCUGCUGGACGUGCUGAAGUUUGCGGAGGGCAGCAAUGACGCGGUGUGUGCGCGCUCCAAGACGCGCUCUGUCUGCCGCGACGCCCACCAAAUGGGGUGCUUGGCGCACUACGUGGUGGAGCCUUGGGAGUACGCAGGCGCCGUGUACCCGCCCUAUUGCCAAGGGUACGCCUACGUGCUGCACCGCGACCUGGUGGACAGCAUGCUGCAGGUGGACCGAAGCAGGACCUCGCCGCCGCUGUUCCUGGAGGACGUGUACGUGACGGGAUUACUGCCGCGGGACCUGGACGCGCGGUGGUUUGACGUGAGGCGCCGCAGCAUGGUCGUCCCGGAGUACAUUCGGCCCGAAUACUACAACGGCACCUUCCUCUUCGUGCACGACCUGGACGGCCAGAUCGGGCAGGGCGCCACCAGCUACGUGUGGCAGAAAGCCCUGCAGCACUAUAGGGGGACUGACUGACUGACUGACUGGAGAGAGAGAGAGAGAGAGAGAGAGAGAGAGAGAGAGAGAGAGAGAGAGAGAGAGAGAGAGAGAGAGAAGCUAAAAGAAAGACAGACAGGACCGCAUAGAUUUAGACAAACAGACAACAGGCAAAACAUAAACUGAGUAAGUGAUUGAUUGACUAACUAAAAGCCACAGAGAAAUAGAUGGAAAGACAGAAAGAGACGCAAGGAGACAGACAGACAGACAGACAGACAGCCAGAGAGAGACACAGACGCACAAGUGGUAAACAUAUACAGAGACAUUAUCAGAAUGACAGAAAUAAUGAAACUGACAUGCGAACAGACAGGCAAACAACAAGAAACACAAUGACAGACACUUAAAAAUAAACACAUAAAUAUAAAUAUGUAACUUAUUUUAAAUGAAACUUAUAUAAAUUG